CAAAAUUGUCAGUGCGCCUCCUCUGGAACUUCCAAGUUCCUACGGUCCUACCCGUGACCCAAACCUCGCCGUAGAGCUUACCCCGCCGACGGCGAUGGCGGCGGAAGCGUCAAGCUCGUCGGUCUUCCCCGAGGGGGAUUCGCUCCUGCGGCCCCUCGCCGCGAGCGGGUGGCGCUUCCGUGACACCUUGGACGAGUCCAUCCAGGCCCUCCUCCACGCCUCCCCCUCCCCGUCGCCGGAGGCCCUGGAGGCCGACCUCCUCGACACGGACCUGAGGCUCUUCGGCGGGAAGUCCCUCCCCGACCGCGCCGCCGCCACGGCCACGAAGCGGCUCUCCUACCUCCACGGCCCCAUCGUCCUGCAGGUAGUUUCUCUAAGGGAUAUAUAUAGCAGCAGAGUCGAUGCCUCCUUUAAUAAGCCGCAGCAACGGCGCCUUCUGCGGUUUGGCCUCACUGAUGGUAUUUCUGAAGCAGUGGCCAUUGAGUUGUCCCCUAUCCCGUUCAUCACAGAAGAGAUAGCUCCAGGCACAAAGAUUCGUCUUGAGAACAAGAUUCCGGUAAAUCAUGGCAUAUUGUGCCUAGGUGCAAAAAAUGUGACCGUCAUCGGGGGAACUGUCCAAUCUUUGUAUGAGGAAUGGAAAAUGAACCAGAAAUUCUCGGGCUUAUCACGCCCAGUAUUGAGGUUAUCACAAGAUGACGAUGGAGUUGGGCCUCCACCAUUUGAGAAAUUAGAUAUCGAAGCACGUCCAAACAGGACAUUCCAGUUGCAAGCAUACCCCGACCAGAAGGGUAGAAACUUGGGAGUUGCUCAUGACCACGUGUCGGUUAAUUCCAGUUCAAAACCUACGAAUGAGGGUUCAAGUAACAUGAACAGAGAGAAUACAAUUAGCAAAGCUGAAUCCAAACAGUCUACUGCAGAUAUCAGACCAAAAGAAGUAAGCGAAGCUGUCCCUGUUCAGAACCAAGCUGCUGCACAGAAACUACUGCAGAAAAUGGCUAUGCCCGAAGAUAGGCCUGGUCGGGGUCGAUUCAAGGGCAGGAGCAAGCAGGAAGAUACCCCGGUCUUUACCCUCGAUGAAUGGGAGAGGAGAAAAGCAGUCGGUUCGGUGUCCGCAGCAGAAAGGCAUAUACAAGACACCAGCCGAGACGAGGAACUGGCAAGGCAGCUCCAAGAACAGCUAGAUCUAGAAGACUCCCACGCGAUGCCCGUGACUUCAGAGGCCGAACGCCUGCGGAUGAACAUGUUCAGCUUCAACGGCCCUGAAGAAAUGGGUGGCGGGAGAAGAGAUUUCCGAGGACGCGGGCGGGGAAGGGGACGAGGGCGAGGUCGAGGCAGGGGAAGAUUUUAGCCCAGUUUCAAAACUGUGUUUUUUUAGGGUACUCCAAUCUGCAGAGUGGUGGUAGUAUAAUAGUAGUAUUGAUGAUCAUCAUCACCUUUUGAAAAGGAGGCAGUAGUGGUCAUCUUAAAUCCCUCUCUGGUAUCUUAUGAGGAUGAUGAUGACCUAUUAACUCUUUAUUAAGCAUGUUCGUUUCACUCUUGAGUUGAGUUGCCUCUCACCUGAUGCUAGCUAGCAAAAUGUCAAGGGUUCAGAAACAAGGCAAACAACAUGUGUAUUUUCCAUGGAAUUUUUUGAUUUUACUCAUGGAUUUGUGGAAUCAGCAGAUGUUCUGAACUGCAAACUGUUGCAGUAAAUCAAACCUUUUUAUGACUUGUUUCU